AUGGGCGCAAAUGAAAAACAGCAGGAGGAGCACAAGCUCGAGGCCGGCGGUGUUCCUGCACCGCCCACGCGCAGCCUGCACCCGGCCUUCUACAUCGCCCUGUGGAUCACCUUGAGCUCCAGCGUCAUUCUCUUCAACAAAUGGGUUCUCGCGGCCGCGAAGUUCGAUUACCCGCUGUUCCUGACGACCUGGCACAUGGUCUUUGCGACUGCCAUGACGCAGCUCAUGGCGCGCUUCACCACCACCUUGGACUCGCGUCUGAAGGUGCCAAUGGAUGCGCCAACCUACAUGAAAGCCAUCGUCCCCAUUGGUGUCAUGUUCAGCUUGAGUCUGAUCUGCGGAAACGUCGCAUACCUCUACCUGAGCGUUUCGUUCAUCCAGAUGCUGAAGGCCACCAACGUCGUUGCCACCUUGAUUGCCACCUGGGCUUUCGGUAUGGUCGCACCGAACAUGAAGACGCUGGCCAACGUCUCGGCCAUCGUCAUUGGUGUCGCCAUCGCCUCUUUCGGAGAGCUCAAGUUUGAUGGCUUCGGGUUCAUCGUCCAAGUUAGCGGUAUCGUAGCCGAAGCCCUUCGGCUUGUCAUGGUCCAGCGCCUGCUCAGUUCGGAGGAAUUCAAGAUGGACCCGCUUGUCUCUGUCUACUACUACGCCCCCGCAUGCGCCCUCAUCAACGGCUUCUUCACACUGUUCGUCGAGAUCCCGCGUAUGACCAUGGCCGAUAUCUUCGCCGUGGGCGUCGCGACGCUGAUCGCCAACGCCUUCGUCGCUUUCCUCCUGAACGUCUCGGUCGUGCUGCUGAUCGGCAAGACCAACGCGGUGGUCCUGACCAUGUCCGGUGUGCUGAAGGACAUCCUGCUCGUCGUCGCCUCCAUGGCCAUCUUCGGCGACCCCGUCACUGGCCAGCAGUACGUCGGCUACUCCAUCGCCCUCGGCGGUCUCGUCUACUACAAGCUCGGCGCCGAGAAGAUCCAGUCCAUGGCCACCGACGCCAAGCUCGCACUCGGCGACGCUCGACGGAACCACCCGGCACGAGUCAAGCUCGUCCUCUUCUGCACCCUCCUCGGUGUUGCCACGCUUGCCAUGCUCGGCUGGUCGCGGGGCAUGCCAGCAACCUCCAUGCCCACGCCUCCAGUAUAA